AUGGCUCGAUUUCCAAGCGUCGUAAAAUUCUUUAAUAUUGCAUCUUAUCUUUUAUUUGCAACUCUUGUUUCUGAACCGGAAUUUAGAUUUGAAUAUCAUAAUACUUACAUACAUCCGAACGUUUUCGUUUUCUAUUUCUGGAAUUUGAUCCAUUGGAUACUUGGAUUCUUUCGUAACUAUCUCGUUUGUCAAUUUAUUGAUGUGGCAAAUGAAACAAUAGUCGAUGGAAUCGGUUGGCUCUUUGUUUGCUCUGCUUUGUUAAAUUCCGCUUGGCUUGUUCUUUUGUACAAAUACCCUCCUCUAAGCCGUUUCGAUACUUUUUUUAUACAUCUUCCAUUUAAUAUAUAUCAUGCUUGGGCAAUAGUGAUUUGUGUGAUCAGCUUAUUUGUAGCGGUUGUUCCUGAUAAAGAUUUGGAUUCUGAAUCUUCACCAGGAGUUGUUACCCAAAUAUGUUCAGUUAUAGCUUUGGCGUUUUUGGAUUUGGUGGCAAUGGGGUACAUUUAUAAAUGCAAAGGUGAUUUGGUGGGUGCAGGUGUUAUUGUAAUAACCUUAUUGGGAAUUGCUUUGCAGCAGGAAGAUAUAAUUGUACGUUGGGCGGCAUUGGGUCUUGGAAUUAAGACUACUAUACUUAUGGCUAAUGAUUAUAUUAAUAAAUAUUGUAGGAUAAUUGAGGAACAGACUCCAUUACUA